AUGGCCAGCGGGGAAUAUUUAAAUAUCGACUGUUUUCUGGUUUCAUCUACCUGGUACGAUUCAUUUGAACUCGACAUGAAAGUUGCGAUCGCUGGUUACGGCGACUUGACUCGCUACAUCUGCGAAGAGUUCGUUGAAGCUGGCCAUGAGCUCCUUAUAUUGACACGGAGCUUCAAGCCACAACUUGAAAGGCAGGGCAUCUCUCAGGCCAUCACGGAUUAUACUCUAUCAUCUUUGAAUAGCCCGCUAGCCGACUGUGAAGUGUUAAUCUCGACAAUCUCUGACAUGUCAACAGCCUAUACUGACGUCCACCGCUCACUCAUCCUGGCAUGUCAGGAGAGCCCAAAGUGCAAACGCUUUAUUCCCGCGGAGUUUGCAGCAAACAUCGAAGAUUAUCCGGACGAACCUGGCUUUUACUACGCUAUACACGAACCUAUUCGUGAGAUGCUACGGGGCCAGACAGAUUUAGAGUGGACUUUGGUCUGCAUUGGCUGGCUGGCAGACUAUUUCGUGCAGAGUAAAAAUCGGUACAUCAAAGAUAUUGACGAGUGCCACCCUAUAAACUGGGCGGCUAAUAAGGCUGUGAUCCCAGGGACCGGAAACGAGCCAGUGGAUUUCACCUGGGCACGCGAUGUUGUAAGAGGGCUGGCGUCGUUAGUGAAGGCACCGCCAGGUUCAUGGGAACCCUAUACCUUCAUGUCAGGAGAGCGCAGCUGCUGGAACGACAUGGUCAAACUCAUUAAGCAAAAUUACCGCCCUGAUAUCCCGAUAGAGCAUGUUUCGUUGCAUGCCACAGCAAAUAUGAUCAAAGCAGCUAAAGAUGAGGACACACUUAUCCUAGCCGACUAUUAUCUAUUGUCUAUCAGUCAGGCAUGCGCAAUUCCCCCGAACAAGGCUAAAGCCCAUAAGGAGAAGUAUUUUUCGACUGUUCACUUUCGAGCUUUACAGGAGGGCCUUUCUCAACUUGAUGAUAAACCUGAUUUCAUCCUGUAA